AUGACGCAAGGAUCGAAUCCCUUUGACGAUGGUUACGACGAUACUGCUGUCAAAAGCGGCAGCAGCAGCAAUAUUCGAGUGUCGUCCAAGAAUCCAUUUGACAAUGAUGACGUUAACAUGGACAGUGGCGAACAAGGCGUAGCUCCUGCCAUUACACAGGGAAUCAACCCCUUUGACACAACCCAAUCCUCGAGUUUUGACAAUCCCAUGGCCAGUGCCAAUCCAACGGAAGACUCUCAAGAUGAACCACUCGAAGGAUUGCAAGGGGCUGAAAAUGCGUCGGCUGAAGCAUCCUGGCAAUAUUUGGGAGAUUUGCCCUAUCGACGGGUCCCCGUUUACUCAAAUGUUAGUUGGAAUCGAAUUGAAUCAUCCACUAGUGGCAAGGAAAACAACAAUCCCAAUCAGGAAGGACUCCAGUAUGGACUCGCCGCUUUUCCUCCUGCUGUCGUCCAGCAUCAUCCACAAAUGCUCGAUGAACGAGAAGUCAGGGCUCUACUCAACACUACCACUGUCACCAAAGUCGCGGGUUGUCCACAUGGAGGACCCGUGGCUGCCAUUACCUUGCCCAUCGUAGGACACACCGGGGCAUUUACACAUGCGGAAUUGAGAAUCAUGACCAAUUCUGGACUGCCCUUGUCCACCAUUGAAUUCCCUCCUCCCAAUCUAGAGAGACAGAAACGGUACACGGCUGCCGAUAUCUUGUCCAUGGGAUUCACAGAUCGGUACAUUCUCGUGGUCGUUCUACGAGAUUCGCUCUGUCUGACUUAUGAUUUACGUGGUGAUGUGGUCCUGCAACCAUUCCAUAUCAUGCCGCGAGGCGAAGGCAAAGCAAUUGAGUUGAUUCAAGCAAAUAUAUUUGACGGAGGAGCAGCCGUUUUGGCUUCUUCCAAACAAUCUGCGCUAGUAGAGAUACUAGACGAUCAUGAUCCACCAGAUUAUUACAAUGGAGCUCAUAUUGCGGCUCGACGAAUUCUGCCCACGGCAACAGCCACCUCGGAGGCCUUUGGAGGACAAGACAAUGUAUUGCCUCCUCAUUAUGCCAUUGUCACACAUCUCGACACGGCUGCCUAUGCCAGUACGCAUUUUCACUCCUACUUAUCCGUUGCCGCCUUGUCCAGGACACGGACGUCCUCGGGCCAUCCCGAUGUAUACCUGUCUACCUCGGACAAUUCGGUAUUAGUGAUCAAUACUGUCACGGGAGAGAUUAUCGAUGUCGAUUGUCGAGCCAGGAUAUCCGCACCCAUUGUGGACAUGACAUUUGCACCCAAUGGCAGAUUCUUGGCGUGCUUUACGGAGUCAUCCAUGUUGACUGUCAUUUCCACAUCCUUUGAAACCAAAGUACUCGAUUUUGACACCAGUGAAGGAUCCGCGUCGCCCCCGUUGGCUAUGAAAUGGUGCGGAGAAGAUAGUGUGGUGUUGCAUUGGAAGAACUUGGGUGUCCUCAUGGUGGGACCGUAUGGCGAUUGGCUGAGGUUCCCCUACGAAGAUAGCGAAAACGUAUUCCUGAUUCCGGAGGUUGACUGUUGCCGUGUGUUGACGGAUUCUUCCGUCGAAAUGCUCCAACGCGUGCCACCUUCCACGGCUCGUUUGCUGCGAAUUGGUUCCAUUGAGCCAUCGGCUAUGCUACUUGACGCUUCCGAUGCCUUUGAUUCGGGUUCGCCAGCGUCAGAAGAGGCCGCCCAGGCUAUUGUCAAGACUGGGGCACUGUUGGAGGCCAUUGAAACCUGUACCGAGGCUGCCACGAGGGAAUUUGAUAUUGCGACACAAAAAAGAUUGCUGAGUGCAGCGUCGUAUGGAAUGCAUUUUUCCUAUAAAGACAACAGCGAACGGUCGUGCAUGAUGGGAGGACCUUUAGCCGGAUCCGAUGAAGAAUGCCGAGUGCGACCGUCCCACACAACGGUCAAGUUUGUCGCCGCUGCAAGAAAGCUGCGAAUCCUUAACUCGUUGAGAAACCCGAAUGUUGGCUUUAUCCUCACGGCGUCUCAGUUUGAUGCCAUGAGUCCAACUGGGCUGGUAGCGAGGUUGAUUGCAAUGAAACGACCAGCAUUGGCGACUUCCAUAAGCAAGUACCUUGGAUUGCCGAAAGCAGUGCAAUUGUAUGCCAGAGCGUCCAAAGCAUCUGCACUGGUUGCGUCAGACAGUCAACGAGGUCACUCGGAUACAGAGAUUGCGGAUGCGGCAAUCAAAAUGAUAAAUGAGGAUGCCGCGGCAACUACUGACUCCAAAACAGCCUCCACCAGCAUCAACCGAGGGGGUUACGCUACGGUGGCGCUGGCUGCAAACAAGGCUGGUCGCCCGGGGGUUGCCAAUCUUCUCUUGAUGCUCGAGUCCAGCGUCGCCGACAAAGUGCCCGCUUUGAUAUCCACCGGUUCCUUCGCCGACGCUAUGGCAGUUGCCACCACCGCGAGGGACGCUGACUUCAUCUUUGCCACCUUGAUGGAAUAUGAAAAGACGUGCAUGUCGACAAUCAAUGAUCCAGCUAAGGCCCAGGCCACAUUCCUGGCAACUGUGGUUUCCAAAUUUACCAAAGAGGGCUACAACAUGAUGCGGCGCUACUACAGCACUCUCGCGGAUGUCAAACACUUGAUGAAUCUGCAACUACGAGCGCAAAAGUUCACUGAUGCAGGAUGCAAUAUGGCCGCCAGAGCAAUGGAGAAAACGGAAACGGACGAUGCUCGUGAAAAACAUGCAAUGCUGACGGAGGCUUCUCGAAUCUUCGGCCUGGGAAAAGAAACAACGUUUCACAAAGCGUGCACAGACGACUACUUGGAGCUGCUCAAGGAUCAGGAAGUGCUACGAACAAAGUAUGGCGUUUACGAGGUUGCCCCCGAUUCAACAUCUGUCACGGCAUUGAUGGCAUCAGUUAUUCAUUAUGCAGCUUUGAACCAACGUGAACAGCACCGCCUUCUGGCAGAUGCCGACAAAAUUGCGAAGAAGUUUAGGAUACCCGAGAAGCGAGUUUGGCACAUCAAGAUCAAGGCCUUUGCCGACAGCAAGCAAUGGUCCAAUCUUCGUCUUCUCUCAGACUCCAAGGCUAAGUCACCGGUUGGAUACAAACCGUUUGCUCGUGUUGUUAUCAAGGGGAAACAGAGCGUCAGCGAGAUUAUGCGCUACAUCGAUCGUGUUACUUUUCCAGAAGAACGGUAUGACUUGCUGUGCGAGGCAGAGCUGUGGAAGCCAGCGUUGGAAGAGGCGGCAAAGAUGAGAGACGCACGACGUAUCUUGAAUGUCAAAUCUCUUUGUAACGAUAGCGAGAUACAGCUGUUGGCUGAGCAGUACAUGGGUCGUAUUGCAUGA